AUGCGGUCAGCCUCGCAACUUUGGCCGACUUUCUUAGCCUAUUCCGUUUCUCUCUGGAUAUCAGAUGUCUACGCUAGUCGUCUAACUUCUCGUAGCUUCGCGUUCAUUACCCCCCACGCAGAGUACUCUAGCUCCGUAGGAGUCUUGGGCUGUAAGGUUGAUAUGAAUCGUAUCGCUUACUGGCCUUUGGACGUCAGAUGCGAUGGAAUAUGCGUCAAAGUCUCAAAUGAGGGGCGCUCCCUUCAUCUUCUACGUAUUGAUAAGUCUGGGGGUUUCGGUGCAUCAGCCAUCGACGACCCCCUGGUCGGUGGAGGGAUCCAAAUGUCAUACGAGAUCGUCGACACAUCGGAAUGUCGACAUUUGCUUCACGAAGGUAAACUUCCCCUGUCCGCCGCCAAUAGCAUGAAUUAUGUCUCGUCGUGCAUCAGCCAGCCUACGAGCUGGGUCGCGCAGAAUUAUCAAUUGUACAACAUCAAUGACCCCGUUUGCAAAUAUGGCGUCGACGAGAAAUCUAACCUAGAUCUGACUACAAGUAAUCCUCUACAGAUUGAAUCGAGGGUUAAGAAUGUCGCGUACGGUACCGGAGAAAUCGUCCCGGUGUAG